AUGAAGCCGUAUCUUGAUCCAUAUGACCGCCCUGAUCACGACUACAUCCCGGACGAGGACGUUGAAUACGAGGACGAGACGGCCGAUGACAACGGUCCCAUUGUCAAAGUAUUAGAUAUGAUGCGGUCUAGAAACGACUCCAAGCGGUUGGAGAAACGUUAUUUUGUACAGUUUCAGAACGGACACACCCAGUGGUUAGGUGAAAAUGAAAUCAAAGACUUUAGGAUUGUUACAACUGGAAAGAUAACUUUCUCAGUUUACAUAGACGAAGUGAAGAGUCCCGGUAAUAAACUUCACGGAGGAGAAUGCUGUCAGGGAGUGGCGGGUACCCAGUGUACCAAGUUGUGUAAACCUGUACUCACCUUAUGUCUGAAAAACGGAAGUCACUCCUGUGUGUCAAGUUUUAGCACAACAAUAGACAUGAAACGACAAGACGUCUUUUAUGGUUCUAAAGUCGGGAAUACAACGAAACCACAGUUUUUAGAAGUUGAUUCAUGGGAAAAGUAUAUGGACAAGAUAAGUACCGAAGUACGAGAUUUACAACACUCCUCCUCACCACUCAUCUACGAGACAGAAUUCUCGGACUACAAUCUACAAAUAGGAGACAACAUACUUUCACAGACCUGGCGACAAAAGAAAUUGGCGGCUCAUUAUUUUAGGGAUAAAAAUUCUUUUUUUAUCCAGAUAACGUACAAGGCGUACUGUUCUGAGGGUUACUAUGGACCAGACUGUACAGCUCAUUGUCCUGGUAAUCCACAGAAGUGUGUCGUCAACGGUAUUACCUACUGUAAAAUGGGAUGGCAUGGACAAAACUGUGAUCAGGACAUCGAUGAAUGUGCUAAUCGACAGUUUUGUGGACACGGUAACUGUACGAACACAGCUGGUAGUUUCCAUUGUAAAUGUCCUUCGUCCGUUACCGGUCUAAAAUGUCAGCUUGAUGAGGAUGAAUGUCUUCUGAAACCUUGUAAUGGAGGAGAGUGUGUCAACAAGAUCGGGAGUUACACGUGCCUAUGUAAAACUGGAACCACGGGUAAAGACUGUGAAUCGUUGACUGCUCACCAAUGUCACGGUAAUACGUGUAAUAAUCACGGGCAGUGUCAUGUAAAGCAUGGUAUGGCCGUGUGUACGUGUAACAAUGGAUACACCGGCCCUGAUUGUUCCAUAAGAAAUACAUGUGCUAACAACCUUUGUAAGAAUGGUGCUACAUGUGUGAUAACUGGAACAAAUUACACCUGCCAUUGUGCUAUCGGCUUCAUGGGGGUUCUUUGUGAAAAAGUUGAUUAUUGUGCAUCGGAUCCCUGCAAAAAUUCUGGAUCUUGCACAAAUACUGCGUCUGGAUAUUCUUGUUCGUGCACUGAUCAUUUCAUGGGACUGAACUGUAGCAUGUACGAUUAUUGUUUUGACCAGAACUGCAAUCACCGAGGACAAUGUCAAAAUAAACAAAACGGUUACACUUGUCAGUGUAGGACUGAAUACAUUGGCAAGAACUGUGAACAGAAUAAUUAUUGUCAUAGUAAUCCAUGCAGACACGGAAAUUGCUCAAACUCACCCACUAACUAUACUUGUACCUGCAAAAGUGGAUUUACCGGAAUAAACUGUGACCAAGUUGAUUACUGUAACGGAAAAAACUGUAACGGACAUGGUCAAUGUCAGAACGGGCAGCAUAGUUAUACUUGUAUCUGUAAUCCCGGUUUUCUAGGACGUAACUGCGAAUACGAUUAUUGUUACAAUAAUACCUGCAAAAAUGAUGCUACCUGUCAUAGUGGAAAAUCGUCAUAUACAUGUUCGUGUAAACCUGGUUAUAAAGGAACUCAUUGUGAAACACGUGAUUACUGUCACGGACAGACAUGUAGUGGUCAUGGAAAAUGUAAUAACGGACGAAGUAAAUUCACUUGUGCAUGCCAACCAGGUUUUCUAGGAUAUAUCUGUGAACUGAAAGAUUAUUGUCAUAGUAAUCACUGCAGACAUGGAAAUUGUAAUAAUACAAACACGGGAUAUAGUUGUUCUUGUAAUGGAGGGUAUAUAGGAAGGAAUUGUGAUGUAAUUGAUCAUUGUUAUAAAAAGCAGUGCUCAAAUCAUGGUACCUGUCAAAUCACAUGGAAUUCUUACUCUUGUACCUGUAAUAGUGGAUUCAUGGGUAGAGACUGUCAGACACGGAAUUAUUGUUAUAACCAACAUUGUUCUAACCAUGGAUCUUGUCAAAACGAGCAUAGUUCUUACACGUGUCAAUGCAGGGCUGGAUACCUAGGUAAAGACUGUGAACAAACGUACUGUUCUCAUCACCAAUGUCGCAAUGGAGCCUCUUGUGUUAACGGACAUUCUAACUAUACGUGUAAAUGUGCUCCAGGGUAUAUAGGAUCGUACUGUCAAUCACGUGAUUACUGUUUCCACCAGAACUGUAGUGGACAUGGAACCUGUCAGAACGGUCUACAUAACUACACUUGUAUAUGUAAUCGUGAUAUCGACAUUUAUUUUGGUAAAAAUUGCGAGUCAAGUCAAUGCCUUGCCCAUUCCUGCCAGAAUAAUGCAACAUGUCAAUACAAUAUAUCUGACAACACAAUUUUAUGUGUAUGUCCUUCGGGGUUUUAUGGAGCGCGAUGUGAAAUGUGUUUGGGACUCGCGUGUAAUUCUCUUUCUACCACAUUAUCUUCUCUGAAAUCAUCCACAUAUGACACUUCUCUUCAAAAGACAACUAUUUUGAAAGAAAAUGGUUGUACCGUGUCUACUUGUAAUAAUCACGGCAAGUGCUAUCCAGAACACAAUUAUCGCGGUUAUCUUUGUGAGUGUGAUGAAGCAUGGUCUGGCUCAAACUGUCAUUAUUUUGAUUAUUGCCAUAAUGUGACCUGUUCUAGGCACGGAACGUGUUACCGUGGACAGAAUGAUUUCCUGUGCCUCUGCGAAGAAGGACAUUUCGGGAAAACGUGCAAUAUUACUCACUUUUGUAAAACUGACUCUUGUGCAAUUCCAUACAUUUGUAAAGAAAGCAGUGAUGGGUAUUUAUGUGAGUGUCCAGAUGAAUUAACUGGCUCCCAUUGUGAGAUUGUGAAUUACUGCUAUAAUAAUCCUUGCGGAGGGCAUGGUUUAUGCAAUAUUACGGACUCUGGAUUCAUAUGCAGUUGCAGUAAUGGUUGGGUGGGUAAGAAUUGCACUGAAGUAGAUCAUUGUUAUGAAGAGCCUUGUGGUAAGCAUGGACAGUGCAUAAAUGAUUUUCAAAACUUCAAGUGUCUCUGCAAUCCGGGUUACACUGGAAGUCAGUGCAAUGUUACAGACUUCUGCUUCUGGAAUCCAUGCCAAAAUAAUGGAACAUGUAUGAUGGCGUUCAAUAAUUAUAUGUGUAAUUGUUCGAAUAUGUGGUCCGGGUAUAACUGUUCACAGAGAAAUAUUUGUUUCUUGGACAACCCUUGCAACAUGAAUGGAAACUGUUUUCAAAAUGAGUCUAGAUUGACUUGUUCUUGUUUCUCGGGUUGGACUGGUCGUUCGUGUAAUAUUUCAGACCAUUGUUAUAAUGCAACAUGUGGAGCACAUGGCACUUGUCAUAAUAAUCCUAAUUCCUAUCAUUGUAUUUGUGAUCCUCAAUGGACGGGACAUGAUUGUCAGAUAAAUGCUUGUGAAAAUAUAUCAUGCAGUUAUCAUGGAACCUGUUCAGCAUUGAAUACAAGCUACCAUUGUGAAUGCACAGAAGGUUGGGUGGGAGAAGAUUGUGACAUCCCAGACCCUUGUCAAAAUUAUACUUGUGAAAACGGCGGGAUAUGUUAUCCCGAUCUAAAGGCCAAAUCAGUUGCUUCAGAUCCCUUAUCUUUAUUCGAGUUGCGAAAUCAAACCAAUAGUAAUGUCACAGCAGUAGCGAGAUGUAAAUGUCCAAAAGAAUGGGAGGGAAAUCGAUGCGAAAGAGAUGUUAACGAAUGUUUAGAUAAAAAGGCUUGUAACGAAUAUGGAUACUGUAUAAACACUAUUGGGAAUCAUACUUGUGUUUGUGAGCAUGGCUGGAGUGGAUUGACUUGCGAAGAGAAUAUUGACGAAUGUCUAUCAAAUCCUUGUGAAAAUAAUGGAACGUGCAUCGAUGGUAUAAAUACAUUUACUUGUUCAUGUUCCGAAUUCUGGGAAGGUGAUUCAUGUCAGAAAGAUGUUGACGAAUGUAGAUAUUUUCCGUGCGGAGUACAUGGAGCGUGCAUUAACUCCCAAGGGAACUAUACAUGUCAUUGCGUAGAAUCCUGGACAGGGAGACACUGUGAAAGACAUAUAAAAUCCUGCAUUUCAGACCCUUGUAAAAACAAUGCCACGUGCAUCGACCUGGAGGAAACGUUUUACUGUACCUGCGACGGGGGGUUCACUGGGCGUCACUGUGACGCUGAUAUUGAUGAAUGUGUAUCUUCUCCCUGUAAAAAUGGCGCAACUUGUGUUAAUACAUACGGGUCUUUUUAUUGUGUUUGUCCUUUACAAUGGACUGGAACUGAUUGUCAGCAGGAUGUCGACGAGUGUUUGCUUGAUCUCUGUCCCCAAAACACAACAUGCAUAAACAAAAUCAACGGUUAUCAUUGUGUUGAUUGCUCUUCUCUUGAAUGCCUAAAUGGGGGCCAGUGUUUUGAUACCGCAACUGGUCCACAGUGCAAAUGCUUUAUAAACUGGACAGGUCCUAACUGUCAGCAACGAAAUUAUUGCUUCAACAAUCCCUGUAGUUCCUCAGAAAUAUGCAUUAACACACCCACGGCCUAUGCUUGCGAGUAUCAUCCAUGUAAAAGUUCUCCAUGCUAUAAUAAUGGAAAAUGUAUAGAAAAUGGAAUGGACUACAUCUGUAAUUGCUCUAUAGGGUGGACGGGACCAGUAUGUAAAGACAGAAAUUACUGCGCAUUCACUAAUUGUUUGAAUAAUGGUACUUGUUCAAAUACAAACACAUCUUCUGUGUGCCACUGUAAAGAUGAAUGGUUCGGUGAACACUGUGAGAAUUACAACUACUGUGAUUCCUCGCCAUGCUUUCAUGAUGGAAUAUGUCGCAACGAGAAAGUGAAUUUUACAUGUGAAUGCCCACAAGGCUGGGUAGGAACUCAAUGUGAAAAACAGGACUAUUGCUACAAUACGCCAUGCUUGAACAGCGGGCUGUGUAUAAACCUUAAUUCAUCAUAUGCAUGUUCCUGUCCAGCGCAAUGGACUGGAAAUAAAUGUCAGUCAUAUAACUACUGUCAUACCAUUCCAUGCAACAACAGUGGACUUUGUAUGAAUAAUGAUUCAGGAUAUCAUUGUUCAUGUAAUCGUGGCUUCAUUGGUAAAAACUGUGAUAUCAUUGAUUAUUGUACAUCCAAUCCUUGUUUGAAUAAUGGAACUUGUGCCUCGGAGCCAUACGGAUUUCUUUGUCACUGCCAUGCAGGAUUCGUCGGGAAAACAUGUGAACGUGAUAUGGACGAGUGUGCUUUUGAUUUGUGCCCUGCAAGAUCCACAUGCUAUAAUAAUGAUGGCGGAUAUACGUGUGUUUGGAAUGAUCGACGAAGAAGGGCAAUCUUGUGGAAAGGAAGACAGAUCCACAGUGUAAAAGUACCGUAUUCAGUCAAUAUCACGAAGCUAGAGGACAACCCUUCUGUUCUGAAAUCGUUAGUUUCAAAAGACAUCUGUAGAAAUCCAGGUGUAACAAUUCUUCCACUGAGUUUACAAAUAUUUCCGAGUGAAUGGACGGCUUUGCUGAAUUUUCAAGCAUAUUGUCAGCCUUAACUGUUGCUGAAAUCUAGGAAAGAGGACAUCUACUUGUACAUCCGGCGGGCAACGUCAAGUGUGCAAGAAUAUCUUGCUAAUGCUAAUAAUUUUAUUCCUCGUAUUCUGGAAGUUUUCUGUACUUUAUUAA